UUCUUCAGCUAGGAACCAUGGACCUCCUUCUGGUUUAAGGGGUAAUAUCACAUUUUUAUUUUUGACCUUGACCCUGGAAAUGUCUGGGAUACUACAUACAACCGUGAUUGUAGACAUGUUAAAAUUGGUGUUUCCAUGGGACAUCAUAUGGUAUUCAUGUCCUGAAUGACGGGAUGUUGCACUAUAGAGUCUGUACUUUAUGCCAAAUUAAAAGGCAGGGAGAUUUCUAUUCUUUUAGAACAACUGAGUUUCUAGAGAGCAGGUAAGAGUUGAUGUGUUUAUCAUGAUGGAAGGGACGUUACUGCCUUCCUUUAGACCAUCAACAACAGGAAAAAGUGUUACAGAAAUUAAUUUAUAAAGACAAUCUCAAUAAGAUGAUUCUACGCAAACUUUUCUUGAGGAAUCUUCAGUUCUGUCGGCCAAAAAGAGAGGAACCUCUGGCUUCUGAAUUCUCAAAUCUCCAGCGCACAAUGUGAGAACAGAAGCAUAAUAACUAAAUGCUCAAGACUGAAAAGCUAAACCAUGUCAAGUUGCCUUAUAUCUUAGAACAGAGCAGUGAAUUAUUGGCUUACUACUUUAGUCGUCCGACUUGCUUACAUCUGUUAUGACUGCGGGUUCCUUUUGUACUCAGUAAUGGCAGUCAGAUGCCAGUAGAUAAUUAUGUUGUUGUGAAUAUGGAUGGUUCAAAGCAUCAUCUACCUCUUACCACAGUAUAUCAACAACUGCAGCCGAUUAAUGCUUCUCCUUACACAUUCCUUCGGGCACUUUUUGGUCAUGAAUACCCUGUUGGACUGCUUGAUGAGGAGAAAAUUCUUCCAAUAGGAAAGUAUGUCAGUGCCGUUGGCCAUUGCUUUUUGAAAAAUGGAAUUCCGGAGAUCAAGCCAUGCAAUGAUCUUCCUUAUUUCCUUACCGAGUUGACAAAAGAUCAGAUGGUGAUUUAUCAUGCCUUCCGGACAAAGAUACUCUUCUGGAGUAGUAAUCUUCUUGGAUCAGCAUCAAUUGGUAUCCUUGGAUUUGCUUUUGUAAGAAAUUGGAACAGAUGGAAAGAGUGGAGGCAGCGUAGACCAAAUGAUCAGCAGCAGCAGAGCCAUGCUGCAGUCGACGAGCUCAACACUCCCGUUUCAGAGGAUGAUGAAUCGAGAGAUGUACCAGAUGGGCAGUUUUGUGUAAUUUGUCUAAUGAGGAGGAGGAGAUCCGCUUUUGUUCCAUGCGGUCAUCUCGUGUGUUGUCAGCAAUGUGCAUUAUUUGUGGGACGGGAGGUUUCACCAAAAUGCCCUGUUUCUAGGCAGACGAUCUCCAAUAUAGUCCGGAUCUAUGAUUCUUGAGUAUAUUAUUGGGUUCUGUUUCUUUUA